AUGAGAAGAAACACAGACCAUCUGCAGAUGAUCAUCGUCCGCGUCCACGACGAGCAUUUUAAGUUUACCCCAGACGCGCCGGCUCAUGCAAUCGGAGCUGCCCUGGAGUGCCUUGCUGGACAGGCAGGAAUUCUUGUGCGGGCCGGCGACCAUUACACCCCGCUUGCAGACGAAGAAGUUCCGGCGGGAGAGUACACUUUCAAAACGCGUUCAAGUUUCAAGGAGGAACGGGCUGUCAUCAAAGAACGGAUAAGAGCAAUGAACGAGCGGGUCACGAAGUUGCUCAUCGAGGUCCCUUCGCAACCGCUCGCUCUCGCCGGCAAUUUCUUUAGCUAUCUCCAAUUAAAGGCCAAGCCAACGUCAGAAGCGGUAGAACGCCGUUAA